AUGGCGAAGCGGGUUGAGGGCUCGGCCCCCGUCAAGGACCGCAUCCACUGGCAGCAGGUGGCCGCCGCCACCAUCGCUAACCUGAGCACGCUGUGCGUGGGCUGCGCCAUGGGCUGGACGGCGCCGGUGCUGCCCGAACUGGAGCGGCUGCUGGAGCAGCCGGGCGCCGGGCUGGUGGAGGGCGAGCCGCUGACCGCGGCGCAGGGCGCCUGGGUGGGUGCGCUGCUGCCGCUGGGCGCGCUCGCCGGCUCGCUGCCCGCCGGAUUCCUCACGCACCGCUACGGCCGCCGCCUGCCGCUGCUGGCCUUCGGCGCGCUGCUCUGCCUCGGCUGGCUGCUGCUGCUCUUCCACGAGUGGGUUUCGUUGCUGAUGGUCGGCCGGCUGGUGUGCGGCCUGGCGUCGGCCGGCGUGACGACCAUCGCGCCGCUGUACGCCGAGGAGGUGGCGGCGCUGGAGGUGCGCGGCGCCCUGGGCACGCUGCUCGACCUCAUGCUGGCCGCCGGCCUGCUGGUGGUGUACGGGCUGGGCAUCGUGCUGCCCGUGCGCUGGCUCACCGCCGCCAUGGCCGCGCUGCCGCUCUGCUUCUGCGUCGCCUUCUUCACGAUGCCGGAGUCUCCCGAGUACCUGCGCGGCCGCGGCAAGCACGACGAGGCGCAGCGGGCGGCCUCCUGGCUGCGGCUGGACCACAGUUCUGCAGAGCUGGUGCCCGUGCUGACAGAGACGCAACAGCUGAAGCAGCAGGGGCAGGGUCAGCGCUGGCAGGAGGCGCAGCGCAGCGUCCAGGCGCUUUCCGAGAAGAAGCCCACGGCGCGUGCCUGCAUCUUGGUCUUCUCGCUCAUGGCUUUCCAGCAGCUCAGUGGCAUAGACGCCAUACUCUUCUACACCGUCGACAUAUUCCAGGAAGCAGGGACGUCCAUCUCCCCGCAGCUGUCGAUGGUGAUAACGGGUGCCAUCCAGUUCGUGGCGACCGGAUUCUCUUCGGUGCUGGUGGAGAACGCGGGUCGUCGCCCGCUGAUGAUCAGCUCCGGGCUGCUGAUGACGUUCUCGCACUUGACGCUGGCGGUGCACCAGGGCUGGCCGUGGCUACAGCUAGCGGCCGGAUGGCUGCCGCUCGUGGCCAUCAACCUCUUCCUCAUCGGCUUCGCCGUGGGGCUGGGCCCGCUGUCGUGGCUGCUGAUCGCCGAGCUGCUGCCGCCCGGAGACAAGCGCUGGGCCGUCGGCGCCGCCACCUCCGUCAGCUGGCUCGCCUGCGCCCUCAUGACCGGCUUCUUCGACGAGUUCGUCCGCCUCUUCGGCACGUCGGCCGCCUACUGGGUGCUGGGCUGCAUCUGCGCCGCCUACACAGUCUUCGUCACGGCGCUUCUCCCGGAGACGCGCGGCCUCACGGGCCACCAGAUACAGUGCCACCUCUCGAGGCAGGGCGGCACCUCCUGCUGCAUAAGUUCCGGCAGCUGCGACAACGUGCAGGAGACCGACCAAACGUCAGGACAUGUCUAGCAGCGAGUGGCUCUCUCUCCCAGCAAGACUGAAAAGAGACUGUGCUGUUGUCCUCAUUAGAACUGUUUGGAAAGGAAAAGAACACUUCUGCCGCAGUUGAUACAGUAGUCAAUGAAUCAUCAAACACACACACACACUCUCUCUCUGUCUAUACGCACACACACACACACACACACACACACACACACACACACACACACACACACACACCCAUCAGUCACUUGCGAGGUAAAAUAAUAGACUGAAAUUGUUGUUGACUUUCCCCUUCACAAAGGCUACCGGCAACUUACUAUGGUACUAUCUAUUUUGGAUCGACAAUCUUUUCACUCGUUUGACGCUGUUUACCACGACUUCUUUUUCUCUGCUUAUCUCUUCAUCGGAAACCAGUACUUGCACUCAACACCCUGAAUUAUUUGUUGAGUGUAUUCCGAUCUCCUCCCCUACUCCCCUCUGCAGCUCCAUCUAUUUCUUGAUGUAUUGAUACAUGUCCUAUCAUCCUGUCGCUUUUUCUUGUAUGUGUUCUCUAUGUGUUCCUUUCUUCUUUGAUUCUGCGAACCAUGUUCUUACGUUAUCAGUCUAACUAAUGUCCGCCCCCGGUAGCUGAGUGGUAACUGAGUGGAAGGAUGAACAAUCGGACUUUAACGGAUGUCACGUGACAUCCGCAACGACCAAACUCAACGAUAAAAAAAAAGUGGGCAGCUCGACAGGCUGUCAAUCCUAAGGGCCCGGUUUCGAUUCCCGGCUGGGUCGGAGAUUUUCUCCGCUCAGGAACUGGGUGUUGU